AUGGUUAAGCCCUCGGGAUCGAAUAAAGUUGAUGAAGUUUGUGUACCUAUGUUCCUGGAGUCUCGGACCGGUAGACCUGUUAUACAGAUGGGAAAUUACAGGUUUAAUAUGUGGAGUGGCAGUCGGGGUCCUCGCGCUCGAUGGAUUUGUGUGAAGGUCCACUCCGGUUGUCCGGCCACACUCAUCACCCUUGAUAAUGUCAUUGUGAAACAGAAGCCUCAUAAUCACUGA